GUGUGUGAGUGUGUGUGUGAGAGAGUGUGUUUGAAUGGGUGUGUUGUGCUGACCAGCAGCUGGCACAGGAGACUUCAUCUGUUUCUCUGACUCGGAAUAAAGGAAAGCUUCAAAAUCUGGAUAUUUGCUAGAAAUAGCAAUGUCCUGUGUACAAACUCAGUAUGCACCGCAGCCCCAUGACAACUGCUUCAGCUCUCAGCACUUGAAUCCUGACCUUAGUGCCAAACUGGUUAUGGAAAUCAGAGGACAUAAUGAUGAGCUCUCUGCAUCUCCACUGCCCAGCAUCAAUACAUUGGUGGGAAAUGACUAUGUUGGGGAGUUUGAUGCCUACUCCUGCAAGAUUACCACUGGUCCUCCUGGCUCUACAGUUUCUUACAACCACUCUGGAGCAGCUGAAAUCUCCAGUCCACAGAUGCAUAACCAAACCUUCAAGCUGGAUGAUCUCCAGGUGUAUGGCUGUUAUCCAGGAUCUUUUGCAUUUAGCUGCCUUGAUGAAACUCUCUCAUCAUGUGGCUCUGACUGCUAUGGCAGCCCUGUCUAUGCCACUGCUUCUCCUCCAACGCCGGGCUUUCAGGCAGACUCUGCACCUGUCUGGGAUUCCCCUUUCAGCCCCUUUCCCUCUGCCCCACCAUCCUCUGUGGACAAGGCCACCAUGGCUCAGCAACUUUCCUUUUUCCCCUUCAGCCCUGUAUCAGAGCAGCACUCUACCCUAGGACAGCAUCAGGAUGCUCAACAGCUUCAAGACGAUGCCUUUUUCCUGUCUUCUCAGCAUCAUAUCUCGCCAUUUCACUGUCCCUCCACGUCCGUGGAACAUGGACUUCUGGACAGUACCAGGAUGGUUGAAGGGGUGGCAAUCACUCCUAAAACUGCAAACACAGUAUCCAGCGAGGGUCGAUGUGCAGUUUGCGGUGAUAAUGCAUCCUGUCAGCACUACGGAGUCCGUACCUGUGAGGGAUGCAAAGGUUUCUUCAAGCGAACUGUUCAGAAAAAUGCAAAGUACGUGUGCCUUGCCACCAAAGACUGUCCAGUGGACAAAAGGAGGAGAAAUCGAUGCCAAUUCUGCCGUUUCCAGAAAUGUCUCGCUGUUGGAAUGGUCAAAGAAGUUGUUCGCACUGACGGCCUCAAAGGCCGCAGAGGUCGGCUGCCUUCCAAACCCAAGACCCCAGUUGAGGCUUCAUCCACGAGCCCCAGCAUCAACGUCAUCACUUCUCUUGUUCGGGCACAUUUAGACUCAAACCCAAUGAUUGAAAAGCUCAACUACUCCAAGUAUCAGGAGAAUAUGGAGAAUUUGAAAGAAAAGGAGGAUGCCAGUGAUAUCCAGCAGUUCUAUGACUUGCUGACUGGAGCCUUGGAUGUGAUAAGAAACUGGGCUCACGCAAUCCCAGGGUUUACCGACUUCUGCACAGAGGACCAGGAUUUACUCCUUGAAUCUGCUUUUGUUGAGCUCUUCAUUCUCCGCUUGGCAUACAGAUCAAACCCAGAGAAGAACAAGCUGAUCUUCUGUAAUGGCCUGGUCCUCCAUCGGCAGCAGUGCGCUCGCAGUUUUGGCGACUGGAUUGAUUCCAUAAUGGAUUUUUCUCAGAGCCUUCACCGUAUGAACUUAGACAUUUCAUUGUUUUCCUGUCUUGCAGCGCUUGUCAUCAUCACCGAUCGCCAUGGACUCAAGGAGCCGAGGCGAGUGGAGGACUUUCAAAAUAACCUCAUAUCUUGCUUAAGAGAGCACAUGAAUGGAAAAGGAUCAGAACUGAGUAGGCUGCAACCAAACUACCUUUCUCGUCUACUUGGAAAGCUCCCUGAGCUGAGGACUCUGUGCACGCAGGGCCUGCAGCGCAUAUUUUACCUGAAACUGGAGAACCUUGUCCCUCCUCCUCCAAUUGUGGAGAAAAUCUUUAUGGAUACACUGCCAUUCUGAAAAGAUAUGUGUAAAAAUGAUAGACGGAAAGGAUGUGGAAAGAAACCAUUUACUAUGAGGUUUUAUCAUCGGACGUGACUUCUGAUUUCCCAAUUGUGUCUUUCGUCCUUCAAGAGACCAUUGUUUUUUAUAAAUACGUUUAGAACUGAAAAUGGUACUUUUGUUAGCACUAUGAAAGACUGAUUUCAAAUCCAAAAUGUUAUCAGCAUUUCAGGAACUUAUAUUUUCUAUAUAUUUUGUGUGCAUUUGUAAUAAUACUUUGUUGCUGUGCUAGAAAUUUGAAUGGAUAUUUGAGUAGACACAAUACAGUGCUCCAUUAAACACUCAGAAACACACUAAUUUCUUAAACAGCAUGUUUUCAAAAUGCUUUAUGGCAUAAAUCAGUAGCUAAGUUGGUGGAGUACUUGCAUGGAAAAAAAAGACAUGAUCGCACACAUAGUUUGUAAUAAUGAAACACUGGAGUCCCACUUCUCAUUAGGGGAAUAUUUAAUGAGAUCUUUACAUCAAGAAAUGUUGUUACAAUCCUACUUUUACUCCUGUGGAAGGUCUUGGACCAAAGUUUACCAAAGUGUUUUUUCUUUGACACUGUCAGUUACGACCCUUAUUGCCUUAAGCGAAAGACAAUUUUCCCUGCUGUCAUGUUGCAGCAAGCUUUAUGAAGCGGAUGGUGACAGAACUCCUGUUACAUUGUAUGUACAACACCAUGUACGCUUGGUCACUGUUGCAACAUAUUUUUGGGCUUUUACAACAAAACUGGACUUGGUGAAUGAAAUUACAAAGUGCCUUUGAUAAAGCCCCAAAAUUGCGAACCACACUAAGUGAAUUUAUAAUUCCAAGCAUAAUUUACAGCAAGACCCCUUUCUUCCAUAAAAUCAAACAAUUCAUGCUGAACUGUUAAAUGUGAUUUCAGAACUGUAGCUUCUUUUCAAGUAGAGGUCUAAACAGAUUUGACUUGACGAUAAAAUUAAAUAUAGUCCUGCUGCAGUGAUUUGUGAAAUCAUAUAUCACAGAAAGUCUGAGAGUUUAAUGCUUCGGCAGAAACUUUGCUUGAUAUCAAUGGGUUUCUUGCUGCAGAUGUAUUUUGUGCCCGAAAAUAUUUUCACAGUCUAUAUAAGUCUUUCACAUUUCCUCAGUCAUAGUUAUGUUUAUAUGAAUUUAUUUUGUAUCUUAAUUUUAAAAUAAGACUUCUUUUUGAAUCACAUUGAGAAGAGAUAAUAGGAUGAGCAGCUAUUAACACUUAAGUGUUCAGACAGUAUGAAGAGAUGUCUGUCUCUUACUCUGUGUUUUACUUUGGACACAUUUGUACACGUUGAAAUACUGCAAGAUGUUUUGUAAGAUGGUGCUAACCAGCAAAAAAUAUUUGACAUUAAAUGUUUUUGAAAAUACUUUA